AGCGGUUACAAAACACCUGUGCUCAGUCCACACAACACAAACAACAACGCACAGCCAAGAUGAGUGACGACGCGAAGCAGCAGCAACCAGCGCAGGACGAGGCACCCCAGCAAGCAGAGCAGCAGCAGCAGCAUCAACAACAACAACAAGGGGAUGAUCGGGUGCCGCGGGUUGUGAGGGAAAUCGUGCAGCUGCCACCGGAUCCAAACGAUAACGACGGUGAUGAUGACGGUGAUGAGAAUGCGACGCCCUUCGACUCCUUUGGAGACGAUGAAGAAGACAUUGACAUCACACACGCUCGCAUCACCGACAUGGCGCCGUUGGCACGGUUUCACAAACUCAAGACGCUGUGCCUGAGGCAGAACCACAUCACAGAGAUCUCUGGCUUGGAGAACUGCACACAACUGGAAGAGUUGGAGUUGCGCGACAACCUGCUGGAGAAGAUUGAGAACGUCAACCACCUCACAGAACUCAAGGCACUUGACGUGUCGUACAAUGGGAUCCGCAAGAUCAAGCACAUCAGCCAGCUCGUGAAGCUGGAGAAGCUGUUCCUUGCCAACAACAAGAUCAAGGCCAUUGAGCACCUCAACCACCUCGCCAACCUCACCAUGCUCGAGCUCGGCGCCAACCGCAUCAGGGAGAUUGAGGGUCUGGAUGCACUUGUGAACCUUCGCCAGCUGUUUCUGGGCAAGAACAAGAUCACCCACAUCUCUGGCCUCGACAACCUCAUGAACCUCCGCGUGCUCAGCCUACAGAGUAACCGCAUUGAGAAGAUUGAAGGGCUGGAGAACUUGAAGCACCUUGAAGAGUUGUAUCUCUCACACAACGGCAUCACCGUCAUCGAGGGCCUCGACCACCAGCUUGAGCUGAGCGUGCUUGAUGUGUCGGCCAACCGCAUCGAGCACCUGAGCGGCGUCUCCCACCUCACCGCCCUCGACGAGUUCUGGUGCAACACGAACAAGCUGUCAUCGUGGCCCGAGCUUGAGCAGCUGAAGCCCUGUGCACACAUCACGUGCGUGUACUUUGAGGGCAACCCGCUCUCCGAGGACACCAUGUAUCGGAAGAAGCUCAAACUCACGCUCCCCUCCCUCAAGCAGAUUGACGCCACCCUGUGCGGCAAAUGAGCAGUGGCUGUCACCCGUGGUUGUUGUUGUUGUUGGAUGUAACAUGGUGGUAAGUGUGGUGGUUAGAUGUGUGGAAGCGGACAUGCUGUUGAUUUGGCGAUGGCAAUGGUGGCGGGUGAUGCCGCGCCGUGUUGUCUGUUGUUGUUUGGAAUUGUCUGUCGGCCGAGUGGUUCGUCGGUGGUUGUUGUUGUUGGCUGUUGUUGUUGCACGCGAAAUGUGGAACGAAAAAGGCACAUGAAUACAUGUUCGUGUCAAUCCAUUGGAUGCGAACGAGGUGUUGCGAAGGAAACGUUUAUUCGUUCAUGAAAUGGGGCACAGUAGUUGUUCAAUACUGGCAAAACAGGCGCAUCACGCAGGGAGCAAUCAAGUCAAAGGCCACAUAGUCAUCAUCAGCAUCAACAUCAACCACU